CAUCAAUGUCAAAAUACUCUGCAAAGCUAACUGAAUGCGAGUUACUGAGUUUUGUUUUUAUUACGAAAUCACAAAAUGCGAAUAUACAGUUAUUUAUGUAAAAAAGUUGGAGAUUUAACUGUUAAAUACUCUAAUCUGCCGGAGUCAUACAUAAAGAGAAGCUAUGAACAGGUUUAUUGGAGGAAUCCAAAGGGAUACCCACAGUACCCAGCUGCUCAAAUAGCGCGGAAAAAAUUUCGUUUUACUACGAACAGGCCGUGGACCUUGCAAUUUGCAAGGCAAAAUGAACGAGGUACUCUCAGAAAAAAGGUGUUCCUAGAACCCGUUGGAGAGUGGAAGUUUUUCAAGGGUGACCGAGUAGAAGUAAUGGUCGGUAAAGAUAAAGGAAAACAAGGUCUCAUAUGCCAAGUGAUUCAAGAGAGGAAUUGGGUCAUAGUUGAAGGUUUGAACACACAUUAUAGAGUGAUUGGUAAAGAGAAAGAUUUUCCCGGUAUAACAAUACAAUCUGAGGCUCCAUUGCUAGUUACAACGGGUGUUAAGCUUGUUGAUCCUGAAACAUUGAAAGCAACGGAAGUCGAGUGGAGAUUUACAGAAGAAGGUGAAAAGGUGCGUGUGUCAACGGUCACUGGUCGUAUUAUACCAAUACCAAAAGCCGCUGAAGAAACUGUUGAUUACAAAAGUAAAGAACUCUACGUAGAGAAUGAAGCCAAGGACACAGCGGCCAGUGAUGUUACUAAGAUAACUUUUCAACCGAAAUUAUGUACAUUUGAAAUGGAUAUAAUGGAAAGUAUGGGAAUUAAAGAGGACAGAGUGCCGGCCAAGUCUUACUGGUAUUGAACAAAAUAUUAGAAUAUUGUUAGUUAUAUUUUAAAUAAAUUAAUAAUAGUAA